AUGGUCUACGCCAGUGUCCUGCAGCAUUACGUUGACAACUCCCCGCCCAAAAGCAUUCACGUCUGGAUACAGGCUCCCGAUUACAUACUCGUGGCGUUCUCCGAAGCGUUCAUCAUCGUCACCGGACUGGAGCUAGCCUUCACCCCAGGCCCAAAAGAAGUAAGCUUACCGGUAUCCCCUGGACUCAGGGGUCUCGAUAAGACUACAUUGCUGACAACGUCAUUUAACUUCAGUCUUCGUUCGGUUGUGUCCGCCCUAUUUUGGUUGACCAUUGGCAUCGCCGCCGCCAUUUGCAUUGCGCUUGCGCCUGUUUCGCAAGAUCCUUACCUCGUUUGGAUGUAUGGUUCGCUGGGCAUUGUUGGUUUUGUGUCAGGAUGCGCCUUUUACUUUUGCUUUUAUCCUGGGCGCGAUAGAAAAAUGAUGGAUCAAGGGGUCAUUAUCGAUGGCACAGAACCUGGAGUGAAUCGAGUUGAAACACCUUUGCGAGAUGGGCCGUAG